CGUCCGUCUGUCUCUGUACGUGAAGCUGAGAUGCCUGACUCUAGUGCCAGCCGGUGUUCCGCACCACAGAGCGCCCAGGGGUGGGCACGGGCAGGAGCAGAGUCCUGGGCACAGGGAUGGGGGCUUCUGGGAGGAGGGGACUCCAAGGAGGGGGACAGUGGACACAGGCGCCUGUGGGGUCUGGAUGAGGCAGUCGGAGCUGGCCAUGGGAGUGACCCUGCUGACCCCAUUGGACCUGCAGAUUGACAGGUAUGCCCAGCAGGACCUGAAGAAGGGCCUGCACCUGUACGGUACCCCAGGCAACGUGGGCCUCACCAAUGCCUGGAGCAUCAUCCAGACUGACUUUCGCUGCUGCGGGGUCUCCAACUACACUGACUGGUUCGAGGUCUAUAACGCCACUCGUGUGCCCGACUCCUGCUGCCUGGAGUUCAGUGAGAGCUGUGGUCUUCACGCACCUGGCACCUGGUGGAAGGCGCCAUGUUACGAGACCGUGAAGAUGUGGCUCCAGGAGAACCUUCUGGCUGUGGGCAUCUUUGGGCUGUGCACGGCACUGGUACAG